GCUCCUUCUUUGCCUGUUUCAUGCGGAUGAGAGCGAGUGCUGUGUUACGUGCUACGCCUACGCGUGUUCUGUGCAACCCUCGACGCAGCCACUCAGCGCCUGCACCGACCCGGAAUCUGGGGCCCUGUGCAACACUCUUCCUGCUUCCCACUCUCAGGACGUCCGACCUCACGGCGACCGCUCUUCGCCUUCCAAGUCUGCCCACUCCAAAGGACGGCGGUUGCGACCGUCGCAUAUCCUGAAGACCUCGAUCCUCGACCCGGCCCAGGCAUCCACGAUGAGAGUCUUCUUCGCCUUCCUGUGGCGGAAGCCUAAGGUCAUGAUCGGCCUUUUGGCCUUUGAGCUUGUUGCGACAGUCGCCUGCUUGGUCCUCAUGGGCAUCGCGCAUCCGAACACAUACCGGACGAAGCUAUGGCAGAACGGGUUCGACAAGGGCUUCAACAGCUCGCCGAGCUCAAUUCUUUACGAUUAUGCAAACUGGAGGCCGGCGCAUAUUCCUCUGAUCUGGAGCAGCUAUGGCACGACCUUCAACGUGGUGAUCUCCCUGCUCAGCUUGUUCAUCUUGCUGGUCAAGAGCUCGCUAUAUGUGAUGCACGUCUUCAUUCCAGCGGCCAGUGUCUUGCUACACGCGGCGCUGUUCUCGUUGUACUGUGUCAGCAUCUACAACCAGUCGAGACCGGACUUGAGUGAUCUGGAACAUCGUAUCAAUGGUCUUCCGUGGUAUCUCAGCAAAGGCUGCAGUUAUGCGACUCCUGGCAACAAAGGAUACUGCUUGCAAGCGAGGGGAACCUUUGCUGUCACUGUGAUCAUGGCCGCACUCUACGCCGUCUUCGUUGGCUACUCGAUCUGGAGCGCCAUCCCAACGGAAGCAGAGAAGGUCGUGCGAGAUGCAGACCACCAAUCAGACUUGGAGAUGAAGAAGAUCUCCAUGUAUGGCAUGGACGGAGAUAUGAGCAAGGAGGAGCGAAGGGAGAUGAACAGGCAGUUGUUCUUGAACUUGCCCAAGACACCAAACACUCCCGGCUUUGGAGUGCACAACCCGAUGACCCCGAGAACGACGGCGUUCACACAGCUGAAUGGUGGAGAGGCUCCAAGUGGGUAUCAUGGACGAGCGACAGGACCCAACGCUCCUUUGCCAUUCCGAGAAAACUAUGGCAAUGUGCCGGACGCAAGAUGAAUGGAGGCAAGGUGAACAAGUUUCUACCUGACUGGUGAACUGAGAUCAACACAACAAUUUCAUCGCAUGGGAGGAUGAGAAGGUAGCUCUUUGAUUAUGAUGAUCAUGCAUAGUGUGUUAGAAUCUUCACACGUA